AUGACAAAUAACUUCGAAAGAGCCAUAGGGGAAGGAGGUUUCGGAACUGUUUACCAUGGUUCUUUGAAUGAUAUCGAACAAGUAGCUGUUAAGGUGCUUUCACAUUCAUCAACCCAAGGCUAUAAGGAAUUUAAAGCAGAGGUCGAACUUCUUCUAAGGGUUCACCACACAAAUUUGGUAAACCUUGUUGGUUACUGUAAUGAAGAAGAUCAACUGGCCCUUGUCUAUGAAUACGCCGCUAACGGAGACUUAAAACAGCAUCUAUCAGGAUUAGAGUACUUGCAUGGUGGAUGUGAACCUGCAAUGGUUCAUAGAGAUGUCAAAACAACAAAUAUACUUUUGGACGGGAAAUUUCAGGCAAAACUGGCUGAUUUUGGACUUUCAAGAUCUUUUCCAAAUGGAGCUGAAUCUCAUGUGUCAACAAAUGUUGCUGGCACUCCUGGAUACCUUGACCCUGAAUAUUAUCAAACAAAUUGGUUGAGUGAAAAGAGUGAUGUAUAUAGCCUGGGGAUUGUAUUGUUGGAGAUGAUCACAAACCGCCCUGUGAUUCAGCAAGCCCGGGAAAAGCCCCAUAUAGCAGAAUGGGUAGGUUAUAUGCUUACCAAGGGAGAUAUUGAGAGCAUUAUGGACUCAACACUUAAUGGGGAUUAUGAUUCUAGCUCUGUUUGGAAGGCUCUAGGGCUUGCUAUGUCAUGCGUUAAUCCCUCCUCGGUGGUAAGACCAAGCAUGUCUCAGGUGGUUAGUGAAUUGAAAGAGUGUCUUAUGUAUGAGAACUCAAGGAAAGGAGAGAUACCAGACAAGGCCUCUAAGAGUUUCCCUGAACUGAGCACGAACUUCACAACUGAUGAAAUUACCCCUGAUGCACGCUAA